CUCAUGUAGUGUAGCUCUUUGAUUGAUAAGUACACUGAACCCAUGCUAUGACGUUACCACGAGAAUUAUAGGUCUGGGCGUCAUUGAAACUUAUUCAAAGCCGAUAAAGGAUUAUGAGUAAGAGCGUAUUUUUUCUUUGCGAUCAUCUGACGGUGAUUAAUACAGUAGGUAGCCUACUCAUGGGCUAGUUGAUAAUGACUACUACGUAGCUUCAUCAGAAUAUUGUUCAUAUAUGAGAGAGUCGUACUAUUGAUUAUGUUCAUAACAUUUCUGCGUGAGCCUUCGUAGAGUCACCUGGAACUUGUGCGGUUGGCAGUGAAGCCACUGACAUACGAGAUACGGCAAGCCAGCAUCAGAUGCCUGAAAUAGACCUUAAUGAUUCUUUUGGCAUCAGUAAUCAGACUGCUAUAUGUGGAAGACCAGCUACAGCCACAACACCAAUAUUUUCAAGUGUUGUAACUGAGAGUGACCUUGCCUCAAGGUCUCCACUGUUGCCACAGCCCCCCACAUUUGUUCCAGCUGUUAACACUCCAUUUAGCAGUCCCUUGGUACCAUCACCAACAGCCAUUCCAUCCUUUUCAGCAUCACCUACCCCUUCCCCAACAUCAGUUCCUUCAUUUCAAAGACCAGCACCUAUCUCCUCUGUUAUACCUCCAUUCUCCCAAACUUCUGCACCAAUUUCGUCAGUUAUUCCUCCAUUUUCAAGGCCCUCAGUGCCUUUGCCAUCAGCUCCUCCUUUGACAAGACUUUCAGCACCAGUUUCUCCUGUUAUCCCUUCAUUACCAAAGUCUUCAGUAGCUUUAGUUAGCCCAUCAGUAACCCCGCCAUAUCCCAAAAAUUUAUCUCCAUCUGGGACACCUCUUCCUUCAAAUUACCCUCUUUCAUCAGAAGGUAUAUCAGGUUAUCCCCCACCUGAUAGAUCAUUUGUGAGUGGCUCAAUUUCUCAUGUGAUAAAUCCCAGUAGUAGUCCUCCACCUGUGGACAUUAAAGGUUCAACUCCAUCUCCAUCACCUUCACUAAACAUGGGAUCCAUGCACUCACGCAUAGGAACUCCAGCUGGAUCGUUUUCAAUUGGAUCAGCACAAGGUUCUAACAGCCUUGCAGUUAAAGCUCCAGAAAUCCCUGUGGAGACUUCUGUCACCAAAGUGGGUUUUCCAUCACCUACUUCUUCAGUUGGAGGAGAGUCUUUUUACACACCAUCUAGAGAAAAUGUAAUCCCACUUUCUUUUGAGAAUAUGGCAGCUAGCCCAGCUUUACAAGAUGGCAUAUAUCACCCUGUCAUGCAUCAUUGGUUUUAUUCUGUUGGUCAGCCUCAAGUAUGGAAACCAUUUACCUUUAAAGAUUCUCUCAAUUUAGAGGAAGCAUUUAGACAAGGAGACCAAGAAAUGAUUCCUACUGAUGGUGGUAGAUAUGAUGUGAGUAUCACUGAACGUUUAAGAAAGCCAGUUUAUUGGGAUUCCGAAGAGCCAAGCUAUGUCCGUCGUUGUAGUUGGUUUAAGAAAAGUCCUUUGGAAACUCAACCAGUUCCCUAUGAAGAAGAAAUAGCAGAGCGGUUAGAGGCAGAAUAUCGUGAUGCGAUGAUGACGGGCAAAUGGCAUCGGCAGGUAGAUGUGAAUGGAGGCGAUAGAAUUAUGAUUCAUUCUACACGUACAAUGAUUCAUUAUGUUGGUUUGGAUGGUGAUUUUGCCUCUGUCAAUAGACAUGUACCUCAGAUGUUCUUCAAGGGAUCACAUUCUCCUUUAAGUGUCAAGCGUGGAACAGAAGAUUUUGAAAUUAUGGAUGGAGAGGCUGAUGAAGUUGAUCACAUUCUAUUUUUAGUGCAUGGAAUUGGAUCAGUAUGUGAUCUCCGCUUCAGAGCUGUUGAGGAGUGUGUUGAUGAUUUUCGAAAGCUAGGACACCAGCUGUUGUCCUCUCAUUUUAAGCAAUCUGUUGAUAUGGGGAUGGUUGGCCGUGUUGAGAUAUUGCCAGUGUCCUGGCAUAAGGCACUCCAUGGUGAUGCUACUGGUAUUGACCGAAAAUUGAAACCCAUCACCCUUCGAUCCAUUCCUAAAUUGAGGGAAUUUACAAAUGACACUAUUUUAGAUGUUUUACUUUUUACGAGCCCAAUAUAUUGUCAGCAUAUCAUGGACACAGUGGCAUCUGAACUGAAUCGGCUCUUCAACUUAUUUUGCGAGAGAAACCCUUCCUUUAAGGGUCUGGUUUCUUUGGGUGGUCACUCUCUAGGAUCAGUGAUUCUUUUUGACCUUCUAAUGCAUCAGUCGCAUGAAGAGAAAGAGCAAAAAGAAGGGGAGGAAUCUCCAAUAUCAAAGGAAGAGUUUAGUCCCCAUGAACGACAUAGUAAUGAGUCGAUCUCCUCAUCAAUAAAUUAUGUCAUGGGAGGCCAGGGAACUGGACAGCCUUCUCUUAUAUAUCCAAAACUGAUUUUUAAACCAGAAGCUUUCUUCCUAAUGGGUUCACCAUAUGCAAUGUUUGUUACUGUGAGAGGCAUUGAUACCAUUGGAGUUGACUAUGAGCUUCCAACUUGCAAACGCGUCUUCAAUAUCUUCCAUCCAUUUGAUCCAGUAGCUUACAGAUUAGAGACACUUAUUGACUCAACUUUAACCAACUUACGUCCAGUUCUUAUACCUCAUCACAAAGGAAGGAAAAGGAUGCAUUUAGAGCUGAAGGAAACUAUUGAACGAGUUGGGACUGAGUUCAAGCAGAAAAUCGUAGAUUCUAUUCAGGGUACAUGGAAUCGUCUCUACGAGCUCUACAGUGGCGCAUCAACAAAGAGCAUUGAACAUGAAGUUGAUGAGGCACUUGCUAGUCAACUCUACUUAGAUGAGGACGAAAAUCAAAAUUCUUCUAAUGGAGAUCAGGGAACUCCAAUCGGACGGCUUAAUGGUGGACGAAGGAUAGAUUAUGUACUCCAAGAAAAGCCUUAUGAAAGUUUCAAUGAAUACAUAUUUGCUCUGCAGGCUCAUGUUACCUACUGGGAAUCAGAGGAUACUAUGUUACUUAUUUUGAAAGAAUUAUAUGGGCCACAAGGAAUAUCCUGUGAUGCAGAGCAUACUUCACAACCAACAUCAGCCUCAGGUCACCAUGCCUAUGAAGGGGAUUCUGCUUUAGGGUCAGCUGCUGUUACUCCAACAAGUCCUCCAAUGUUUGACAUAGGUAGUAAUGUCUCACAAUCUGUAGUUGAUUCCAGUGGCUCCAUUCCUCAACCAUCAGCACCUGUACCACUAUUUACGGUGGGUCCAGCUAAUCCACCUACUGUGACAAAUUACACUCCUACCUUUAAUUUCCCAAGUGGAGGAGAUACUCCCAGUGUUAUUGGUGGAAGACCAGUAAUUGACAUCAACAGUCAACCUAAAGGAAUGGAUCCCACAGCCAUUCCAAGAGAUAAUAAAUUAGUGGGCCCUCCUCCUAAAAUUCCAACUGGGACGUUUACAAGAACCACCCCUUUUAGAAGGUAAAAGUUGAAUAAAGGUUUGCUAAGUGCUGUAUAAAGUUUUUUGAAAGUUAUUUGAUUAUUUGUAUUUGCAAAUGUAUAAAUUUGUGAAAAAUAGAUAUAUGUAUUCCUAUGUUAUAACAAAAACUAUGAUUUCAAAUGCAGCAAACCAUGUAAUACGGACCAGAUGAUGAUGUUUGCCUAAAAAUAACUAACAUUAAUUGAUUUAAGAUAUGAUUUUAUUACCUUUUAUUUGAUUGAUUUUACUAUCUAUAAUAAAAUUGUUUCUGUUUUUCAUUUAUGAUUGCAGUAAAUUUCUAUGUAUUUUACAAGCUCCUAUAAUAUUUUAUCAUGUGGAUAUCUUCUAGAUGCUGUGAUUUAUAAUUUUUUCCAUAUGUCUGUAUAAAUUUUUUUUUCAUUACUGAAUUAUAUUUUUCUAUCUGCUUUAUGAUAUACAGUUCAGAGCCUUGCAUCUGGAACUCAUCCAUUGAGAAACAUCAAUUAUCUGGAAGUUAUUAAGCCGAUAAAGUGUAGAUCACUAAUAAUACUGCAGU